AUGGCCCUGCGCACUGGGACGGCUUGGUUUGGGCAGGUCCUGCGCAGAGUUUCCCGGCUUCAGGGCACCUGGUCCCGGCGCUCCAGCAGCCUCCUGUGCCUCUCUUCUUCCCAGGAGCCCGAGCAGGCGGGCGGGGAGCGACCGCCGCCGCAGCACAAGCUGCCCCGGAGCAGCGGCAGCGGCGGCGGGCGCCGCCGGCCCCCCCGGCAGCUGCUCCCCUGCUGUAGCUGCUGCGGCCUGUCGGAACCCCGGGCGGCCAGGGGGGGACAUGGUCCCCUCACUCGCCCCUUGCUGGCGGCCAUGAAGAGGCAGAACGUGCGGACCCUGUCCCUCAUCAUCUGCACGUUCACCUACCUGCUGGUCGGGGCUGCCGUCUUUGAUGCCCUGGAGUCCGACAACGAGAUGCGGGAGGAGGAGAAACUCAAAGCCGAGGAGAUCCGGCUCAAAGGAAAGUACAACAUCACCAGCGAGGACUACCGGCAGCUGGAGUUGGUGAUCAUGCAGUCCGAGCCGCACCGCGCUGGAGUCCAGUGGAAAUUCGCCGGCUCCUUCUACUUUGCCAUCACGGUCAUCACGACUAUCGGUUACGGACAUGCUGCCCCAGGGACGGAUGCGGGGAAGGCCUUCUGCAUGUUCUACGCAGUUCUGGGGAUCCCACUGACACUCGUCAUGUUCCAGAGCCUGGGCGAGCGCAUGAACACCUUUGUCAAGUACCUCUUGAAACGCAUCAAAAAGUGCUGCGGCAUGAGGAGCACCGAGGUCUCCAUGGAAAACAUGGUCACUGUGGGUUUCUUCUCCUGCAUGGGGACACUCUGCAUUGGAGCAGCAGCCUUUUCCCAGUACGAGGAAUGGAGCUUUUUCCAUGCUUACUAUUACUGCUUUAUAACAUUGACUACGAUAGGGUUUGGAGACUAUGUGGCCCUGCAGACCAAAGGGGCCCUUCAAAAGAAGCCUCUCUAUGUGGCUUUUAGCUUUAUGUACAUUCUAGUGGGGUUGACAGUCAUUGGGGCAUUUCUAAAUCUGGUUGUUCUCAGGUUCUUGACCAUGAACAGUGAGGAUGAGAGGAGGGAUGCCGAGGAACGGGCGUCCCUGGCAGGGAACCGCAACAGCAUGAUUAUCCACAUCCAAGAGGACUCCCAGCAUGGCCGGCCACGGUACAAGGCCGAAGUAACAGACCUUCAGUCAGUUUGUUCCUGCAUGUGUUACAGGUCCCACGAGUACACCAGCCGGGUGGUGUCCCACCAAAAUUCGUUCAGCUCGAAGCUGAACCCCCAGUACUUUCACUCCAUCUCUUACAAGAUAGAGGAGAUCUCACCAAGCACAUUAAAAAACAGCCUUUUCCCAUCUCCUGUCAGCUCCAUCUCACCUGGGUUGCACAGCUUUACAGAUAACCACAGGCUGAUGAAACGGCGAAAGUCCAUUUAA